CCAGAUGUCACGCGAUUAGUCACGCUAUUUUCACCGAACGACCGGAAACAAAAUAAUUCUUAAAAUCAUCGGUUGUAGACUGAGCGGUCCAAUCUGCGACUGUUAUUUUUAUUCGGUGAGAGGAAGUCUUAAAGCUAUGAUUUCUUGGAAGUAAUUCCCCACUGUUUGUUUAUUCGGUCAACUCCUCGCUGUUGUCCAUUUGACAUCAUGGCGGUCGGCGAGUUCUUCUUCACUCCGUUAGUUCUCUACAUCAUUCCAAAAUAUUGCCACGACGAAUUCUUCGUCGACUUGAACUUCUUUCACGUUGUUUGUCUGAAGAUUGCACUGAGUAAACUUUUGGGAUAUUUUAUUGUUGCUUUAGCUUCCAUUGCUAAGUUACCUCAGAUAAUCAAGGUUCUACGAGCGUCCAGUGUGGAAGGCCUCAGUUUACUGUCCUUUAUCACUGAACUCACGACAAUGACUGGCACCUUCAGCUACAGCUCCGCAAGGGGAUUUCCAUUCAGCACGUGGGGCGAGAGCCUGUUCAAAGCUAUCCAGACCUGUUUCCUUGUUAUGUUGUUUUUCUACUACUCUAGCAGACCUUUGGCAGCCGUCUUGUUUCCCUUUCUUUAUGGUGCCAUUGUUUAUGUGGUGUUAUCUGGACUGACACCCAUUGCUGUCCUGGUUCAGCUGGUUUCUCUUAACAUCCUCUUUCUUAGCAUAAGCAGGGUUUCGCAGAUCGCGACCAACUUCCGUAACGGCCACACAGGUCAGCUAUCGUUCGUUAUGGUGGUGAUGUUACUGUUUAACCAUGCCGCCCGCAUCUUCACAACCCUGCAGGAGACUGGAGACAAGUACAUGCUGGUGACGUUCAUCAUCUCGACCAUAUUCAAUGUAACCAUGGUAACACAGAUUCUCUAUUACUGGAAUGUGAACAUUGACGAGCAAAAGAAGAGAGCUUAGAACAGUUUCAGAUUUUCUAUUCAUCAGAAAACCCGCCGAUACUGCCUUAAACAAUGGCUUGCUUACCCGUUGAUUCCAAAGAUUUUGGCAUAGAAUUUUAACAGGAACAAAUGCCAAUAACCUUUUCCAGCUUAUCUUUAUACCAAGUUUAUCCCUAGAACGAGUACUUAUAUGAUAUUUCUAAUACGGACUUUCACUCGGAAAUAAGUAAAACCAGACAAUCUAUCGCAUUUUCAGUGUCACUGAUUUUAUUCGUGUAGAAAUAAAGUUUUCAUGUUGCUAUUUCA